UUCAUUAUCAGUUGAUGAAAAAAUUUUUUGCUCCAUAAUCUAUUUUUUGGGAGAAAUUUAAUAGAUAAAAAUAUAAAUUUCACUGUAAAGUAUAAAAUAUAAUACAUAGAAGUUUAUUAUCUUUAAAUCUAAAAGGAUAAUACUUUAGCAUCAAUUGUGUAUAAAAUGGAACGUAAUGUUGAAAAAGAAAUGGAAGCAAUCGUAAACUUGCCAAAUGUAUCAGGAUGUAUUUUAACAGAUAAGUCUGGUCUCUCGCUUGGUGUAAAAGGCAAUGCUUCGGGAAAUAGUGCAGGAUUAAUUGCAGCCAUAGCAAAUCAAGCUGCCCAACUCGAUCCUGAAUUAGAUCCUCCUAUUAUUUCACUUCAAAAUAAUUCACGACAAUGUAUUAUUCAUCAAUCUGGUCCAGUAAUUGGUGCAAUAUUUAAAGAUACAUCUCAAUGAAAAUCAAUGUAUGUUUUGGAGCUGACAGAUUUUACCAUGGAUUUUUGAUUGGAAAUUGAUGAUUUUCAUCGUUGAUAUGUAAAGUAAAGAUUGAAUCAA